GACAUUCUCAUUUCUUCGUCAUGUCCUCUGUUUCUCUUCUCGACGAUUUCUAUAAAAAGGCUUGGGGUUGUGAAUGGCCUCAACACAAAGGAAGAAUCCUUAAGGCCGACCUCGGUCUCACUGUCGACAUCGACGCGGAGGACGACGCGGAGGACGUUUACCAGGUCGCCGUUGACGAUCACUUCGAUUACACCUGCCUCGAGAACUUGAAAACCCUCAUUUUACCCUUCGCCUUGAUGGCGAUCAAGGAUGUUCUCAUCAUUCGUCCAGAGUAUGUUUUGCUUCGGAAGACGCUCGACCAGCAUGAGCAGCAACAUACACGCGCAUUCGUGGUGACGGGACAUCCAGGAAUUGGUAAAACCACGUUUCUGUUAUACCUUCUCUUACAUCGCCUCGAGAACAAGCUUCCGACGGCGGUCCAAUUCGACAACCAUCGCUACUUCAUCUUCGACGGCCAAGGCGCUACGGCUCACUUCGUCGCUGAUCCUGUCGAACCGAGACUUUGCCAGUGCUGGGCCCUAGCCGACAGUAACGCCUACAUCACGCAACCAUGCGUGAGCUUUACAAGCCAGGCUAAACUUGUCAUCCAAGCGUCAUCACCGAAACCCUCGAGGUGGAAGGAAUGGCUGAAGCAGACGGAAGGCGAGCGGAUCUACUCGGAGCUUCCCUCUGCGCUGGAGAUUGGGGCGAUUUUGAAAGAGCUCGGCUUGGCUCCAUCUUCGACUUUUGCCCUCAUGUCGAAAUGGGGACCAUCAGUUAGAACGAUUAUCCGCCUUGCGACUGCCGCCACAGUUGGACACUUUAAACUCGAGGCGCUCGAAGAGGACCUGGAGGCCGAAGCAAAUGCGGCAGCACACCACAUAUGCUCUGCCUCAUCGCUGGUCGACCUCUUCGUAGCCGGCGAGAGUGUACCAGGCAGUGAAGGUUCCAGCAUCUGCUUUGUUCGACCUCACCGCAAAUUUACGAAGAACGGCACCGAUAUCGUCUCGUCGACGAAAGCCAUCCCGUUCAUCCCUACAAGGUUCCUCGACGAAAUCUUCGCGAGGCAUUGCUCAAUAUUUUCCAGCACCAAAUCCAUCGAGCUCUUCGAAGUGUUCAGUUCACAUUCCUUGACGCGAUCCACUGCCGGCUGGGAUUUCGAGGUGCUCAUGCAUCGCUACCUGAGCACGGAUCGUGCACCUCUUACAAUCUUUGGAGACGGUGGAAAGUUGGAGAUGCAGAUGCGGCCAUCGCCCAAGCUCAUUCCUGGCACAGCGGCCGGGCUCAAUAGCACCGGUGUCUCUGACUCAUUCUACUGGAUGCCGUCCGUCAUGAAUUUCCCGGGAGUUGACGCCGUUCUCGGCGAUACCGACAAGAACAUCUUCGCCUUACAAACGACCGUCGCAGGCGAGCACGGGAGUCCCGCCGGUGGACUUAGACGAACCUGGGGCGACCUCGAUGAAGACGUUCGAAGAGGCCGCACUUGGCACGUCGUCUUCGUUGCAGACCAGAAGGCAGUGGCUGAUCGGCUCGUGAGAGAGUAUUCGUCGCAGCUGAAGACAUUUUCUCUUGGUAAGCACCCUGUGGUACGUGUGCGGGUGUGGGGUUGUGUCCUUCCACUACGUCGUUCAUACGGUAGGUAAUCGUUGCAUGUAUCGCUACUUGUUCUAUGGUUCCAUUCUGUUUGCUUCAAUAUACGUACUACGUACCUGUUUGUGUAGCCGAAGAACUCAUUGUAAACUGCAUCUCACUCCCUUCCAACCCGUGCUCGAGUUCGGUCCGGUCGUGGUGAUAGCGAAGUUUUUGCUCCGACUUCACCACGAGACUACGAUGUUCGUUCACCUUGCAUCUCGAA